AUGAGGUUCUCUACGGCGCCGGUCCUUUUGGGACUAGCGGGGUCAUCCUGUGCGAGUGCCAUUGCCAGACGCCAGGCAAACUCGCUGGAGAGCUGCCCUGGAUACGCGGCGAGCAAUGUGAAGGAUGAGGGCGCGAGGCUUACCGCCGAUCUGAGUCUUGCGGGGACGGCGUGUAAUGCGUAUGGCGAGGAUUUGACCAACCUGAAGCUGGAGGUCGAGUACCAGACUGAGAACCGCCUGCACGUCAAGAUCUACGAUGCAGACGAGCAGGUGUACCAGGUGCCCGAGAGCGUGUUCCCGCGACCUGACGGCAGCGAGGGGUGCGAAGCAGACCACUCAGCCCUGGCGUUCCAGUGGACAGAGACGCCGUUCUCAUUCCGGGUUGUGCGCAGGAGCACGAAUGAGACGCUGUUCGAUACAUCGGCAGCGAGUCUGGUGUUCGAGAGCCAGUACCUGCGUGUGCGGACGAGUCUGCCCGACGCGCCGCAUUUGUAUGGCUUGGGCGAGCAUACCGAUCCGUUUCAGCUGAACACUACAAACUACACCAGGACGCUCUGGAACCGCGACGCCUACGGAGUCCCCGGAGGUACCAACUUGUACGGACACCACCCGAUCUACUUUGACCAUCGCGGCGCCAACGGCACACAUGGCGUCUUCCUGCUCAGCUCUAGCGGCAUGGACAUCAAGAUUGACGACACGGACGGCCAGUUCCUUGAGUACAAUGCGCUUGGCGGCAUACUCGACUUCUACUUCAUUGCGGGCCCCACACCCAAGGACGUCGCCGUGCAGUAUUCUGAGAUAGUCGGAAAACCUGUUAUGCAGCCUUACUGGGGAUUCGGAUUCCACCAGUGUAGGUACGGGUACCGGGAUGUGUAUGCGGUGGCGGAGGUUGUUGCGAAUUAUUCUGCUGCGGGGAUUCCGCUUGAGACUAUGUGGACUGAUAUUGACUACAUGGAGCUCCGCCGCGUGUUUACGCUGGAUCCGGAAAGGUUUCCGCUCGACAAGGUCAGGGAGCUCGUCAGCUACUUGCAUGAGCACCAGCAGCAUUAUGUUGUCAUGGUGGAUCCGGCGACGUGGCGCGGCGACUACGAGGCGUACAACGAGGGUGUCAGCCGUGACAUCUUCCAGAAGACGCCAGACGGCAAGAUCUAUGUGGGCGCAGUAUGGCCUGGACCGACAGUCUUCCCCGAUUGGUUCCAUCCUUCUACUCAAGGAUACUGGGAUGACCAGUUCCUGAAGUUCUUUGAUGCUGAUAAGGGUGUUGACAUUGAUGCGCUCUGGAUCGACAUGAACGAGGCGGCCAACUUCUGCCCGUACCCCUGCUCAGACCCCGAUGCAUACGCGAAUAAGUCAGGAAACCCUCCUAAGCCCCCGCCGGUACGCGAGAACUCUGGACGCCCGAUUGCAGGAUUCCCCGAGGACUUCCAGCCCACGGGAACCUCGCAGCGUCUUUUGGCGCGCCAGGAGAACAGCACCGGCCAGUGGCUUGGACUUCCCGGACGCGAUCUUAUCAACCCAGAGUACAAGAUCCAGAAUGCUGCGGGCUCGAUCAGCAACUUGACGGCGCCAACCGACAUUGAGAACUACGGCGGCACUCAUCAGUACGACACUCACAAUCUGUACGGCACGAUGAUGUCGAUUGCUUCGCGUCAGGCUCUGCUUGCCCGUAGGCCAGAGCGUCGGCCGCUGGUCAUUACUCGAUCUACGUACGCCGGCGCUGGCUCCCACGUAGGAAAGUGGCUCGGCGACAACCUGUCCACGUGGCACCACUACCGCAACUCCAUUAGCGGCAUCUUGCAGUUUGCCUCCAUCUUCCAGAUCCCCAUGGUCGGCGCCGAUGUGUGCGGCUUCGGCGACAACACAACCGAGACGCUGUGCAGCCGGUGGGCGUGGCUGGGCGCGUUCUACCCCUUCUAUCGCAACCACAAUGGCUUCGACUCUAUCGCACAGGAAUUCUAUAUGUGGCCGACGGUCACGGAGGCGAGUAAGAAUGCGCUGAGCACCCGCUAUCGGUUGUUAGACUACAUCUACACAGCGCUGCACAAGCAGAGCGAAACGGGGCUGCCGCUGCUUAACCCCCUGUUUUUCCACUACCCUGAGGAUCUAGCGACUGCUCCCAUCGAUGUCCAAUUCUUUUUCGGAGACGCGCUGUUGGUUAGUCCAGUAACAGAGGAGAACAGCACAGACGUCAGCAUCUACCUGCCCAAGGACACCUUCUACGACUUCUUCACGCAUGAGCGGGUUGACGGGAACGGAGAGUGGGUUAAUCUUACGGAUGUCGCGUUCACCACCAUCCCUUUGCAUAUUCGUGGGGGCAGCAUUAUCCCUCUGCGCGCGGAGGCAGCGAAUACGACGACCGAGUUGAGGAAGAAAGACUUCGUGCUGUACGUUGCUGUUAACAGCACCGGGCAGGCAGAAGGCUCGCUGUACCUCGACGAAGGCGACGCUGUCGAUCAACCGGAGACUUCGCUGAUCAGCUUCACUUACGACAAUGGCAAGUUGAAUGUGGGAGGGGAGUUCGGAUACGCGACUGAUCUCGUGAUCAAAGAGGUCACUGUGCUUGGCGGAGAGGCUGGAAACUCGACUGGGGGUUACCAGACGAAGGAGGCUGCGAGCAGGACGUUCAACGGACCUAUUAGUCUGAGUGAGGCGUCGACGCACAGCUUUUAG